AUGACAGUCGUCUUCGUCCUCCUGGCCAUCCCAACAAUAAUGGACGUCUUCCCUUCCGCAAAGAACACACCAACCAGCCAGAUCCUCUUCACGCAAUGCAUAACAGCAGUCAUAUUAAUCGCCCUGCUCAUGAAAUUCCUCCUUUUCCGACUGGGAACACACGCGACAAUGUUCGCCAGCACGCCUUUCGCCCAAAAUGAUGCAAAUACAAGACAGAGCAGACACCAACACCGACAAAGCCAAAUCAUCGAAGCACAACUCCCCCGCCCAUAUCUCGGAAAGAAUGUCGCUGGUUUGGUCCUUGCUGCUGCGUCGGCGUGUACAUUCGGAUGUACAUAUUACAUCGUGGACAGUCUGGCCGGAGUAGCCGGGAUGACUGGUUCAAACGAGUCGUUCCUGGCUGUGACGAUUGUCCCGAUUUUAGGGAAUUUUGUCAAGUAUCACUCCAUCGUGACGGGGUCUAGGUCUUAUAACCAGGUUGAGCUGGGAAUUCGGGCGAUUAUCAAUUGUGUUUUGAGGGUUACGAUGCUUAUUGCGCCGCUUUUGGUUCUUGUUGGGUGGGCUUUUAAUCGGCCGCUUAUUUUACGGUUUGACGGGUUUGAGGCUACGACACUUUUGCUUAGUGUUGUUGUUAUGACUUACCUUAUUUCGGAUGGGAGAAGUAAUUAUUUUGAGGGGUUGAUGUUGAUAGGGACGUGA